GAGCAAUUACAUCGGCUAAAGACUUGAGGCUCGGUGAGAGGAAGUAGCACUUUCCUGGUAAAGUUUCACCGUACAGGUCCAGAGAAGGUUUCUGUAAACUCCGGCACCAUGAGUUCGGCACAACCUACAACAACGAAGACAGAGGAAGCGGCAGAUGUUGGUUCUAAUCCAGCUGCAGUGAAAAGGGAGCUGAAGUGCCCCCUGAGUGAUCGUCACAUUCAUGGAGAGGAUAUGAGAAAGGUGUGGAAGGAAUGCCAAGAGGAGAGCUUCUGGUACAGAGCUCUCCCCUUGUCCCUGGGCAGCAUGGCUGUCACUGGUGGGCUGAUAUACAAUGGUAUCUGGAAGUCAUCAAUGCGAUUUGGUCCCUUUCCAAAACUAGCAGUUGCUGGGAUCCUUGGUUACGCCGUGGGCAAAGCAUCUUAUGUUAGAACUUGUCGAGGAAAGUUCCUCGAGCUUGAUCUUGCGGAUCGACCAGGACGUGGACCCGGGUCAUGGGGAGGACCUUUCAAUAAACAUGGUCAUGGACACAGAUCCUGCCACCAUGUCUGUGAAGAAUGUAAGAAAACCCCUAAAGCCGCACCGACAGAGGAAGUGAAAAGUUAAAGACUCAUGGGAGGACUGACUGUCAGCAUGGCCCUGUCAGUAGCAGCUAUAUUGCUACUUAAAUGUUAUUAAUACUGUCAAACCAUGCACAAAGUGCCACUAGGGGGAGCAAUUGUCCUUUCAAUCAUAGCUCUGUUUUAGUGUAUUCCAUUUGAUCAUUUUCUAAACAAUGAAAUAAAUACUAAAGAAAGUUUUGCUUACAAAGGGAUUUUUUUACACUAUUCAGUCAGUGAGUGUUUUGAAUUGUUUAUCAGCAAAUAAACAAUAUCAUACAAAGAACCAACCUGCAUGAAAGGUUUUGGUCAGUAAAUGUUUACAAUCCUUCCAUGUAUGCUCAUAUUUGACAAAUAAAGGCUUUGUAGAAUGUCA